AUGUCUAGACCCAAGGGGUUCUGGUCGCCGGGACUUGUAUGGGUCUCGCUUGUCUGUAAACAAAAACAGGACGUGACCAGACAAUGGGCUCAACAAUGUUUACAGAACAUGACUGUCUGGAUCAUCGGCGACUCCAACGGUAACAGAACCUACACAGGUUUUCUAAACAUCACAGGCUGCAAUGAUACCUCAGGUGGUUGGCCGAGAUCAUCUACGUGUCAAAUAAAAAGUCUUGGUUUUAAAAUCAAUGCCAUGUCGCACGAGAAACCGCAGUUUGCAAAUUUAAUGCGAGCUCACCAUUUAGGCAGCGUGCCUGAUGUUAUUGACAACAUCACUAGCACAGGUAAACACAUUAUAUUCGUUCACUACUACCUGCAUUACAUACCUGCUCAUAUGAGUGUACUGUACCUGAGAAUGAAAGCCCUUCGUGAGGCGAUAGAAAGACUACUAAAGCGAAACCCCAAUGUCCUGUGUGUGGUACGUGGACCCCACAUUGCCACGGUUGACUGGAGCGCUAACCACGCGGUGGGCGGGGACACGCUGGCCCCCAGGUUUGUUGACGUCAUCAAGGACAGGUUUAAAGGUCUGGAACAUAAGGUGCUUUACCUGGACGGUUGGGAUAUGACAGUUUCGAUAGAAAAUGAGAAGUUCCACCCUCCUAUAGAGCUGACAAGAGAAACCGUCAACACAAUAUUAUCUUAUAUUUGUUUAUGA